UAAUCUAUAAGAUGUGUCUUAGGAAAUAUUUGUUAAAAAAAAGGGAAAAAUUUGUAAUAGGAAUUUUACAGGAAUGUAAUAUCCAUGAGUCAAAGACCUUGCGUCCUAGGGGAGUUUCGGUAAGCUGUGCCAAGGCAUCUAGGGGCCUGCACCAGCACACCGUAAACAUCACCAUAACACACCUCUCUUGAGAGGAUAAAUACCUGCCCAGGAUGGGCCUGGAAUGUUUACUAAGACCGUACAGUCUACAUCUAAUUCCUAGGAGGAAUCGCUGUCAAUUAUGUGAAGAUGCCCAAACUAUUAUUUUCAAAGAUUCGGAUCUAUGAAUUGAAGGAUAUACCGCAAAAAAGAACACAGAGAAGAAGCAGAAAAAGACAGAAAAAAUACAUCCAGUGUAUUCUGGCACAAAAGAUAAAUGAUGAGUCCUUUUCUACAAAAAUCAAUCCAGAGGACAAUAGAGGAAUCCAGCCAACUCUUGAGACCUUGUUGAAGGACGAAAGGUGCCUUGCAGCCUUCCGAGCCUUCCUGCGGUCCGAAUUCAGUGAGGAGAAUAUUGAAUUUUGGCUAGCAUGCAGAGACUACAGAAAGACCAUCUCACCGGCUGACCUGUUCUGGAAAGCAACAGAGAUCUACCAGGAGUUCCUCCAUCCUCAGGCCCAGAGAGAGAUCAACAUUGACCACCACAUCCACGAGAAGAUCAAAAGGUCCAUGAAAGCCCCUGCUCUGUGCUGCUUUGACGAGGCAGUGAGACAUGUGUACAAACUGAUGGAGAGCGACUCGUAUUCCAGGUUCCUCAGGUCAGAUGCCUACCUGGGGCUCGGACGCAAAGCCAGGACCUUCUGGUAGAGGUUAGGGGUCAAGAGUUUGUGAAUCAAGAUUCACCAAGUCCAAACGAGGAGGAUUCCAAACGAGUCAUGGAAACAUGAGACUUUAGAUCCUGAGGAUAGAACUGAAAGAUCCCCACAGGAAGUGACACAUAAUGACCACAGGAAAUGACUUAUGAGUUGGAGAAGAAGAAGAAAUGAGUAUAGAGUAUGGAGAAGCAUUGAGUGUUAGAGAUGAGUGAUGUGUGGUGAUGAGUAGUGUCAAUGAUUCAGAGUGCUCAACAGUACAUUUAUUCAAACAUCUAGACUGACUGAUGCAUCAAAAGUGGCGUUGGCGUAAAAACAAAUGUGUGUAUAGGGAAUCGUUUUAGGUAAGAACAGAAGGUACAGAAUGUCUAAAUGGAAGGACUUACAUUACAAAUGAUUACAGAAAUGAGUUACGUAUGGUUACAGAAAUGAGUUACGUAUGGAUACAGAAAUGAGUUACGUAUGGUUACAGAAAUGAGUUACGUAUGGUUACAGAAAUGAGUUACGUAUGGUUACAGAAAUGAGUUACGUAUGGUUACAGAAAUGAGUUACGUAUGGUUACAGAAAUGAGUUACGUAUGGAUACAGAAAUGAGUUACGUAUGGUUACAGAAAUGAGUUACGUAUGGUUACAGAAAUGAGUUACGUGUGGUUACAGAAAUGAGUUACGUAUGGUUACAGAAAUGAGUUACGUAUGGAUACAGAAAUGAGUUACGUAUGGUUACAGAAAUGAGUUACGUAUGGUUACAGAAAUGAGUUACGUGUGGUUACAGAAAUGAGUUACGUAUGGUUACAGAAAUGAGUUACGUAUGGUUACAGAAAUGAGUUACGUAUGGUUACAGAAAUGAGUUAUGUAUGGUUACAGAAAUGAGUUACGUAUGGUUACAGAAAUGAGUUACAUAUGGAUACAGAAAUGAGUUACGUAUGGUUACAGAAAUUAGUUACGUAUGGUUACAGAAAUGAGUUACGUAUGGUUACAGAAAUGAAGCACUAAAAGGCUUUUAAGUAUUCCAUUCAAGUGUUAUUUGUUAUGGCAAAGACAAAAAUCUGUUUUUUAAUUUCAUGCUUAUUUGACACCCAUGAUAUGGAUCUGUCAGCAAUAUGAAACAUGAAUAACUGUUAUUCAUUUAACUCUUAAUACUAAUAUAGCAUGGAUGGACCCUGUCAGUUUAAAUAUACAGUAUACUUCCAUAAGUCAGGAUGUUGACGUUGUCAGAGUGAAGGGUUAUCUUUAAUUUGUCCUGUGACACUGAGUAAUCGUGUGUGGUCGGUGGGCAGGGCAAAUCGGAGAAAAUGAUUUUCCAGAGCCUGCUGACUGUAAGUCUGUUGUGAUCACACGUCAGCUGUCUCAGCUAAUUGCCCAGAGCCAGCCCAGCGACUAUGUAUUGAAGCUGGAAAAAAUGUGCCCUGUCACCGUUGACCCCACUCUAUAGAUGGCUCUAUUUCUCAAAGUUGUCUCUUAAAAAGGUAAUCUGGAUGGCUCUAAGGAAUAACUGUGAGUUUGACCCAGAACUCCCACCAGUGGAUUGGAGUCAGUGGAUGCUCUGAUGCAUGGCAAAUUGGCCUGAAUGUGUCCCCUUGUUAGGGAAGUAAUCUCAUCACCAAGGACCAACUGUUCUGUGAUGACUUUUAACAUCAGCAUGGCGCACUAUGGACAAAUGUCUGGAGGCUAGCACAGCGUGAUCUUCAAUUGAGCAUUGCGCAAGAAUUAUGAGAAGAACUCAUAAGAGAAUAAGUGUUAUUACUACAUACAAGGUUAUAAAUAGACCACAGGAAGAGUAGCUGCUGCUUCAGCAACAGCUAAUGGGGAUCCUAAUAAAAUACUAAAUACUUAAAGCAGUCUUCAAAGGGAAUGUUUUAUGUGAGAGUUGAUAUUUUCAAAGAGGACUAUUGGGUAGAGGGAAGACCAGACAAUAGCAACUUAUAUUGCAAUAUUUAGCUCGGUAAGUCAAUAGUAUGGUAUAAUAUAUUCAAUUACACAACAUUUUGUUUAAUAAAUAAAAAAAGGGGAGGGGGAGUUGGCAUGAAGGGAUAUUCUUGCUCAAUGACAGGGAUCUCACCCCUCCCGCCUCACGACAACAUCACACCACUUUGUCCUUCACAGUCUGACGCUGUUUUCCUUUGUCCCAAACGGUUGCCAUGACAGCUGAGGGGAAGUGAGUAAUGUGCAGUGUAUUUCUGAUACUGUCUGAGUUACUCAAUACCGUCACUCAGGAACUUCUAGAAUGGAUACUGUUCAUAUUGGUGUAAAGCAGAAGUAGAAAGGAGAUUCAGCAACUCUUGGAGGACAAUGUUAUUCAAUUGUUUUUUUUUAAAGCAUAUUUAUGGUGUCAACCACACAGGUGAUUGUGGUGUGUUCGUUUAAACCUCUGGUCAGUUUUUACUGUAUGAUGUAAAGGUAGAUGUGUGGUGGUGUGGAAUUGAAGGCACAAGGCAGAUUAACUGUAAGUGGCCAUGUUUUGGUGUCACUUGGUUGUGCUUGACUGCUUGUGGCCAUCUUUGGGUAAGUUGAGGAGAACCACAUCAGUUACUGUGCGGAAUGACAACGGGCAGGUCAUUGGACAUUGCUGCCUAUAGUCACAUUGGCCAUGAGUUGUCUAUAUGACUCUGGCUAAUGUAUGCAAAGGCUAUAAACCCACAAUCUACAAACUAAACAACUGACUGUCUAUAUUGGAUUGAAUCAUCAUAUCAUUUAGUAAAGACACACCUCGCCGCUGGACACAGUAUAAGAAAUUAAACAUCCCAAUGACAUUUCAACAGGGUACCGAAACACACACCAAGCGAAGGUCAUGAUUUGCCUAUCACUGUCACUGUCUCUGUCAUUUGCAUCUUAGCAGCCCAGACCAAAAAAUAUGGUGGACAUAAAGAGCACACUUUGAACGAGGAGCAGUUAGGCUGCCUGGAAAACCGGACAAAGAGAGAGAGAGAAAGAGAGAGAGAAAGAGAGAGAGAGA